CCCGCGGAGCGAAGGUAGCACCGCGGUCCCCGGGAGCGCAGAGCCCGCUGCGGGCCGGGCUCCGGGCCAUGCGCCGCCGCCUGUGGCUAGGCCUGGCCUGGCUGCUGCUGGCGCGGGCACCGGGCGCCACGAGAACGCCGAGCGCGCCGCGGAGACCGCGCAGCUACCCGCACCUGGAGGGCGACGUGCGCUGGCGACGCCUCUUCUCCUCCACUCACUUCUUUUUGCGCGUGGACCCGGGCGGCCGCGUGCACGGCACCCGCUGGCGCCACGGCCGGGACAGCAUCCUGGAGAUCCGCUCUGUUCGCGUGGGUGUCGUGGCCAUCAAAGCAGUGUCCUCAGGCUUCUACGUGGCCAUGAACCACCGGGGCCGCCUCUACGGGUCGAGGCUCUAUACCGCCGACUGCAGGUUCCGGGAGCGCAUCGAGGAGAACGGCCAUAACACCUACGCCUCUCAGCGCUGGCGCCACCACGGCCAGCCCAUGUUCCUGGCACUGGACAGGAGGGGGGGGCCCCGGCCGGGCGGCCGGACACGGCGACACCACCUGUCCACCCACUUCCUGCCUGUCCUGGUCUCUUGAGGCCCCGAGAGGCUCCCAAAGGUGCCUGGGCCGGCGGCGAGGGGCCCCAGCCAUGCCUGUUCUUCCCCUUGCUGGCUCCGUGAGCACUGAGUGCCCACUAUGUGCAGGCAGUGGGGACACAGCACAGGAGCCCCUGGGGGAGCCCCAGCCUGAGGGGCGGGCGGCCACCAGUCAGGUCCAGUCCUGAGAUGGGACCUCCAGGAGCAAACAGCGCCUCCUGGGCUGAAAUGCGGACGCUCAAAGGUGGGGGGCGUCCCAGGCAGGGCCCCGCAGAGGCCAGCGCUCAGGGAAGGCAGGAGAGAGAAGGGGAAGGGCGAGGAAGGGGCCGGGGAGACGGUGACACAGACCUUGAAGCCGGUCCUAUCCCGGGAAUCUGCAGACGCGGCGCCUGACGAGGACACAAGGACCUGCGGGUGGGACGGAGACGGGAGGGCACUGGGGGGGGGGGGGUCCGGGGCCCAGUGUCCUCAUGGGGUUCCCAUGCAGGAGGCGGGAAGAUGAGAGCCAGAGACAGGUGGGAACGGGCUGGGCUGUGCUGUGGCCAUGACAGGCAGGAGGGACGGAGACGGGCAGGCACUGGGGAGGGGGUUCCGGGGCCCAGUGUCCUCAUGGGGUCCCCAUGCAGGAGGCGGGAAGGUGAGAGCCAGACAGAGGUGGGAACGGGCUGUGCUGUGGCCAGGACAGGCAGGAGGGCCCCCAGCCGAGGGAUGUGGGUGCCUCCAGACGCUGGGAAAGGCGGGAAACGGUCUCCUGGAGCCCCCCGCAGGAGGGACAGGCCCUGCCCUGCCUUGAUAUUAGCCCAGUGGGACCCAUCUUGGACUCUGCCCACCAGAACUGCCAGAAAGUAAAUGUUCAGCUUUAA